AAAGCAGGUCACCAAACAAGCUCGGGAAUCCCAAGCUUUUAUAUUCUUGGGAAAGGCCGGUUUGGUUUAGCCAAAAUAGGCUCCGAAUUCCGAAGCCCCUCCCAGUACACGAGCUAGCUAGGGUUUCGUUUUCAUUGUUCUAUCAGCUGAAGCAGAAAAGAAGGCCGAUAGUACUCUCUAGCCCCAACAAGAAGAAGACAGAGAGGAUGGUGUCGAGAGAGAAGGAGCAGACAACGCCGCACCUCAGCAGCCUCGUUGUCCGACCAACCGAAAGCAGUGGUGGAGGCGCUGGAGCGAUUGCCGCAGGUGCUGGCGAUUACGAACCAGGCGAGGUUCGUACGGAUCAACCUGCGUACUCUCGCUCCGAGCGAUUUCUUGAUAGCCAUGCUUUGAAUAGUUACCUCAUGCCAGAACAUGAUAAUUGAAGGCACGUUGGUAUGGUUACUGGUGAAUGGUGAUGGAUUUGGUCUUGGUUUUUUAGUGGUAUAAGGGUAUUGACUAUUGUAUUAUAAAAGACGUGUAUGGAAUUUUACAUUGAACAACAUAAACUGUUAAUCUUUCUUGGAGCAACCACUUCACUCUCAAGGAGGGCACACUGUCAUGGGUACUGGUGAUGGAUCUGGUCUGGAUUUGUUUUAGGGGGUUUGUAUGGUAUAAAGGUGCAAGUGGAAAAUGACUUGUAAGAAAUUGGGGCAUGGGUGCCGGCAACAGUUAAUGAGAUCUUCUCUAUUUGGUGUAAGGUGGUUGGGAAGAUUUUGGGCACUGCCAUUGCCAUUGAAUUUUAAUAAUGCAUUUGUUGGUGGUGCUAUUAGCAGUAAUGACUAACAUCAACCUGGGGUUUCUGAUAAAGGAUAUAAUGUUUGAACUUUAUCACUUCUGGUGGGUGGUCUGUGAUGCUGUGGUUCGGUCAGUUGACAUUCAAUUUUUGGUCUUCAACCAUGUACUCUUUGUGCUCAGGCUUACUGGCAAGUGGCAACAAAUGCAUGCCUACUUGGGUGGCUAUGUCAUUUUUUUAGCUGCUUAAUGAGUGAAGGCGUCUUUGAUUGGUGGCUUUCAGUUUCAUUGUAUGCGCUUAGUAAAUGGGGUUUUGGUCAUGGUGAAUGGUGAUGGAUUUAUUGUGUUUGCCAACAAAAUUCAGAGUUUUAUUGUGUCUGCCAGCUUAGUAAAGCCAAUCUCCAAAGUUUCUAGCAUCCUAGGAAAUAGUACAGCUGUUCAGACCACCUAGAUACAGCUCAUAUGUUCUUUAGUGUCUGAUGUAUCAGCCAUAUGGCUUCCCUUGUAGGUUGUUGCCUCCUGAUUGUAGUUGCACAAAGAUCUUCCAAGUUAAUCAUUAUUCAAAAAAGGAUUGGUUAAAACUCGUCGCUUUUUGUAGGCUUGUACUGUUUUGCUUUUCUGACUUUUCUUUCCUUUUUGAACUUAUGAGGUUUGGACAACUAAAUCUUUCAUAAAGUGGUGUGUGGUUUCCAUCUGAGUCAGUAAUCGUAUUUGUUUGUGUUGUUUUCUUUGAUAAAAUAUUUUGUGUAACAGUGAGUCAGCGAUUUAGUUGAGGGGAAACAAGGUCUCUUUUGUGAUUAUAACAAAGUUGAUGGUAUCGGCUAUUGCACAUAGAAACCAUUGCAGUUGGAAUCUAAAGGAUCACAUGCAGUAGAAUUUGAUGGGUGGAUAUAAAUGUUCAUUUGUACAGUUGUGGGUAACUUGUUGGGUGGAUAUAAAAACCCCAUUCCAGAGGUGGUAAGUUAAGGGCCGCAAUCCACUUGGGUCAAUAUCGUCUUCGCACUGUUGUUUUUCUCCUUGACAAGAUCUCCUGAAUAAUGAGUUGCAAAGUUUAGCUAAAGUAGGAAAAUGUGAUAUGGAUUACUGAUUCGGUAAAAAUGAUACUCUCUUAUGUUCUGAGCUUCACUGAUCUUUUUCAGGAUAUAGAAUGCACUCAGGUUCUGUUUCUCCUGUACGUCGUAGAAAUAUGGAUCACAGGUACAGUCCAAAUUUUGACCAUUCAAGGGGCCCAGUGCAUAGUCGUGGAUUUGGUGGCGGGAGAGAUACUGGUAGUAGAUAUAAGGACCACUCACCCCCGUAUAAUCGUGGAAGGGAAGGUGGCAGGUUUUCUGUUAGAAGUUAUGAUCGACACAGUUAUGUUUCUGGGUCGGUUAGAGCGGAUGUUCCUAAAAAUAAUCCAAAUGUGCGGCCUAGAGAAGGUGACUGGAUAUGCUCUGAUCCCCUGUGUGACAACUUGAACUUUGCACGCCGGGAGUACUGUAACAACUGCAAGAGACCACGUUAUCCACCAGCUGGUAGCCCAAGGAGAGGUCAUGCCCCACUACCUCCCUUAUCUCGGACUCUUCCUGCCCCCUUGGUGGAUCGUUCUCCCGGAAGGCUUAUGAAUGGAUAUAAUAGAUCCCCUCCACCUCGUGGAUGGGCCAGAGAUGAUCCUAGAGAUUUUAGGGCAGGGAUCCCUCCUCCACCUCCACCCAGGUAUGAAAGCAGGUUUCAUGAUCACCCUCCUCUGCGUAGAGAUUUUCUUGAAGAUGAUUACAGGGACAGCAGGGGUAGAGGAUUUGACAGACCGCUGGCACUUGACUGGGGGGCUAACAGAGACCACCGGGGCAGGGAGACCUAUUUGGGCGAGAGGAGAGUGUACGAGAGACGAAUGCCAUCACCCCCACCUCUGCUGCCAUCCCUGCCACCGCGUGGUGGUCACUGGCCUCGUGACGUGAGAGAGAGGAGCCGAAGUCCAAUCAGGGAUAGAGCAGCAUCUUUGAAGGACUAUCGCCGCCCGGUGUUUGUCGACAGGGGCCGAGACGAUCGCCGUGUUGGGCGUGAUGCAUAUUAAGGAUCGAUUUUUAAUCAAUUAUGGUGGGGCGUUUUGUUGUUAUGAAUGACCAAGCCCAUUACGCUCCCUCUUUUCAGUUGCUUUCUUGACUUUUAUGUGAUAGUGCCCAUUUGUAAACCAUGAUGAUGAUGCCGCUCGGUAUUAUUUUUUCCUGUGAGUCUUUUAUGCGGAGCGACGGACGAGCUUAUCAUUCGAAUUACAUGAGGUAAAUGAGUCACUUUUAUCAAUUGAUUUUGUUGUUAGGUAGCGUUACCUAAUGGGAUUACAUAAUCAUUCUCCUCUUUAUGGAAGAACCGUUCUUUA